GACGGCGACCUCAGUCGUUCAUGGGGGAGUUUGCUUUCAAACUAAGAUCUUUGCCUUUAAGGGGCGGGGCUAGCCCGCUGUGGCGGACGCCGAUUGGCUGGGAGGUGUACCCGGAAGUGACGCAGAGAAGCCCACGUGUGCGUUACCAGCACACAUGGCGGCGCUCUGGAAGAGAGUUUUGCAUCCCGGGACAGUCCCAGUGACCUUAGCUCGCCCUAUGGGGUGGCGUGAGGCCAGUUUGAGCGCAGAUGUCGGGGGUGCGGUACGUGUGCGGUUCGCCCCCAGCCCCACAGGCUUGUUGCACCUGGGUGGCCUCCGCACUGCCCUUUACAACUACAUCUUUGCUAAAAAGCACCAGGGGAGCUUCAUCCUUCGGUUGGAGGACACAGAUCAGACCCGCCUUGUGCCUGGGGCAGCAGAGAAUAUUGAGGACAUGCUGGAAUGGGCAGGCAUCCCCCCUGAUGAGAGCCCCCGUCGGGGAGGUCCUGCAGGACCCUACCAGCAGUCGCAACGGCUAGAGCUGUAUGCCCAGGCCACUGAAACACUGCUAAAGAUAGGAGCUGCCUAUCCCUGCUUCUGCUCAUCACAGCGACUAGAGCUCCUAAAGAAGGAGGCCCUGAGGAACCAUCAGACACCCCGGUAUGAUAAUCGGUGCCGGAACCUGAGCCAGAAGCAGGUAGCCCAGAAGCUGGCGACAGACCCCAAGCCCGCUAUCCGCUUCCGCCUGGAAGAGGAAGCAUCAGCAUUCCAGGACCUGGUAUAUGGCUGGACUCGGCAUGAAGUCGCUAAUGUGGAAGGUGACCCAGUCAUCCUGAAGAGCGAUGGCUUCCCUACAUACCACCUGGCCUGUGUGGUGGACGACCACCACAUGGGCAUCAGCCAUGUGCUGCGGGGCUCUGAAUGGCUAAUCUCCACCUCCAAGCACCUGCUCCUCUACCAAGCACUAGGCUGGCAGCCACCUCACUUUGCCCACCUGCCCCUGCUUCUCAACAGGGAUGGCAGCAAGCUGUCCAAGAGGCAAGGGGACAUUUUCCUGGAACAUUUCGCUGCUGCCGGCUUUCUACCUGAUGCCUUGCUCGACAUCAUCACAAACUGUGGCUCAGGGUUUGCAGAGAACCAGAUGGGCAGGACCCUGCCUGAGCUGAUAACACAGUUCGACCUGACCCGGAUUACCUGCCACUCAGCCCUGCUGGACCUGCAGAAACUCCCAGAGUUCAACAGGCUGCACCUCCGUCGACUGGUGAGCAAUGAGACCCAGAGGUACCAUCUUGUGGGAAAGCUGCAGACCCUGGUGGAGGAGGCAUUUGGGGCCCAGCUGCAAGACAGGAAUGUCCUUGAUCCAGUGUAUGUGGAGAGGAUCAUCUUGCUACGACAGGGUCAUAUCUGCCGCCUGCAGGAUUUGAUUUCCCCAGUAUAUUCUUACUUGUGGACUCGCCCUGCUGUGAGCAGAACACAGCUAAGCACCAUCUCAAAGAAGGUGGAUGAGAUCUUGAAGCACGUGUUGGGCCCCCUUACAAGCUGCCCAUUUUCUAGGCUUUUAGAAAGAUCUGAUAGUUUAACCCAAGACAUGCUGAAUGGAGAACUAAAGAAGCUAUCAGAAGGGCUGGAAGGCACCAAGCACAGCACUGUGAUGAAACUGCUCCGAGUGGCCCUCAGUGGACAGCUGCAAGGACCUCCUGUAGCUGAAAUGAUGGUGUCCUUGGGACCAAAGGAAGUAUGGGAACGAAUCCAGAAGGUGCUUUCCAGCUAGGAAGAAGAUGUGGAGGGCAGUGGAGAUGGCCCCAGGAACUUAAGAACUUGGAAGCUGCCUUUGGAGGAGAGGCGGUGGCAGCCUGCGGCUCAUAAAAGAAGGAAAGGAAUAAGGAACCAAGAGUGGAAACAGAACCUCUGAGUGCACACUGUAUUUAUGGCUCCACAGCAGACCUGUCCUCAUCACUUGGCCAAGGAAACUCAGCUCAGCUGUCUUCCUAGUUACUUCCUUGUCUCUGAGACACAGGCCCCAUUACCCACAAGUCUAAGGAGGAGAGGUUUAGUUUAGCUCACAGUUUUUAGAGAUGUUAGUCUAUAGUCACCUGGCUCCAAGGCAGGGCAGUGUGGCAGAGAAGAAAGAACUCAUGCCAUGGCAGCUAGAAACAGAGGGCAAUUAAGGGAGGAGGAAGUAGACCCUUACAGUGGCUUCCAGUGACUAUUCCUAGACCGGGCACGGUGACUCAUGCCUGUAAUCCUAACACUCAGGAAGCUGAGGCAGGAGGGUCAUUAUGAGUUUGGGACCAGCCUGGACUACAAAGUAAAUUCCAGGCCAGCCUGAACUGCAUGGUGAAACCCUGUCUCAAAAAGACAAAAAAAAAGAAAAGAAAAAAAACUUUAAUAAAUAAAUAAAAUAGAGCUUGACUUGUGCAGCUAUGUCAUAAAAUCCAUUAUAGCCUCUAUAUUGUUUUUUUUUUUCUUUUUCUGAAACAGGAUCUUGUUAAAUAAUCCAGUCUGAGCCGGGCAUGGUGGCUCACGCUUGUAAUCCCAGCACUCAGGAGGCUGAGGCAGGAGGAUCGUUGCGAGCUUGAGACCAGCCUACGCUACAAAGUGAGCUCAAGGCCAGCCUGAACCGCAUAGAGAGACCCUGUCUCAAAAAGACAUAAUAAUAAUAAUAAUCCAAUCUGAUUUUGAACUCUUCCUGUGUAGUCUUAGCUGGCCUUGAACUUGUGAUCCUACCUCCUCAGCUUCCCAAGUGCUAAAAUUAACAGUGUAUAUCAUCAUCUUUUUUUUUCUUGAGUACCUUACUUUGGGGCAAUCCUGCUUCUAGGUCAUAAAGCCACUCAUGUAGCACAGUGGCGGGAUCCUCUUGAGAGCUCUUAAGUGAGCUGUGCUGCAAGAUCUGCAGCUCCAGCCAGCUACUGAGAUGACUGCGCUCCUGGCCAACUUUUUUUUUUUUUUUUAACAAUCCUGGGGACUGAACCCAAGGCCUUUGUACUGAGCCACAUCCCCAGCAUUUUUCUAUUUUGAGACAGGACCUUGCUAAAUUGCCCAGGCUGGGUUCUUGACUUGUUGACCACAGCCUUUAUGGGAUACCCAGAGCCAGAAUUCAGCAGUACUGCUCUGGAAUUUCACACAUACAGCUGUGAGGUCCCAAAUGCUUAUUAUUUAAAGCCACUUGGGGGUGGUGGCACUUAUUUCCUGGUAAUAGUUAACUCCCAUUGUCUCCUUGCCUAGGGGCUGGGGGCAGAAAUUAGAGUUUGUUGAGUCUCAUAGAGUUCUAAAAAGUGUACCAUGUAAGUACUUUAAGCUGGUAGUGGAAAUUAGCUCUGGCUAACUGAUAUUUAUUGGAGAUUCUGAGAGUCAGAGAAUCCAUGCAAAAGCCAAAGAACCAGAUCUUGGAAAAGAUAGGAACCAGGCAUCAUUGAACUAGCGACAGUCCUGUCUGAGUUCUGCAGUGGGAACAAAUUAACCAAGCUGUUGCUGUUUUUUCUCUCUCUGUGUUUUUUUUUUUUUUUUUCCCCUUCAGUUUUGGAUGACUGAGCAAAAGAUUGAGAUUCUGAAUCCAACUAGUUGGCUGACUUGAGGCCAUGUUGCAUUUCCUUAGCCAGGAAUAUAUAGUCCCACCAGGAUUAUAUCCGGUAGAGGAAAAGUUCCCAAGGAAAACUCGGGAUCUUUUGCCAGAGGAAAGCAUAAUGGCAGAAAGGAGGUAAUUACUGAAGAAGGAGGACACAGGAUAAUAACAGUUGUGGGUUUAUAUCAUCCUUGAUAUAAGCACUUAGUUUUAGAUGAUGCUGGAAAUGCUUUAGCCUAGUAUCUCAUUGAACCUUGCAACCUCCUGAGCAACAUGGUGGUGAUCUUCGCCACCUUCUUUAUGUCCUCCUUUUUCUUCUCCUUUUCUGGGUUAUAUAUAAGAAAACUGAAACCCUGAAAAGUUAAGUGACAGAAUACUACAGUAGGAGGCAAGGCCAACUUUUAAACUCAGGUUUAGGGGCUGGGGAUUUAGCUCAGUGGCAUAAGCACCUGCCUUGAAAGCAGGCAGUCGUGAGUUCGAUCCCUGGUACCGGUAAAAACGAAAAAGACAAAAAAAUAAAUAAAUAAAUAAAUAAACUCAGGUUUAUGAUAGUGAGUUCAAGCCCAAUUCUUCACUGCUAAGGGCCAUCAAAGCUUGUAGCCAGAUGUAGUGGCACACAUAUGUAAACCCAGUAUUAUGGAGGCUGACGCAGGAAGACAGCAAAUGGAGUAAGAGCAAGUUCAAGUGAGAUCCUGUCUGAAGCAAAAAAUGGGCAUAAUGGCAGGCCUAUAAUCCCAGCACCCAAGGAGGCUAAGCAAGAGGACUGCUGGUUCAACCCUAGCAUGGGGGACUCAACAGAUCCAGAGGACAAUACUUCCUCAUGAAAAAUGGGACUGUGCCUAGAAAUACAAGGCACUUCUCAUCCUUCUGUACCUGUACCUGUGUGGUCUCUGACAUUUGUGUCUCUUGUCUCCUUCCCUCAUCCUCUCACUGGCUUUCUCUGUAUAUUUGUACUUGGCCAAAAGCAGCCCCAGCCUUACAACUGAAUCCUUUUUCUUUUGUGCCAUGAAUUGAAUAGUCUGCAUUCUGCACCCUAACUCAAGAGAAUCUGGUUAGCUGAGCUAGAGUCAGCUGUGGUCAGUGGGACAGAAUAAUAUAACCAUGGCUCCAGGG